UUCUCUAGUUUCCGCGCCCCCGUUUACAUAGCUCUAUCAUUUAUUCAUAUUGCAAUUCCCAUUCUCUACUCCUGCUCGAUCCUCUCGCCUCUGCUUCGGAGACGCUUUUUUUGUCCUUUCAUUUUCAUUUUUCUGUUCUUCAAUCUUGCUCCAAAGAUCCAUGGCUGACCAACCAGCCGAGCCGGAUUCCGUCAUUGACAACUUCUCCGCCAAGAUCGACGACCACAUUUCAUCCUCUUCCUCCGACUCUGAUGACGACCACCCUUCCAAACCCGAUGCUGUAAAAUGCCACGUUUAUAGACUCUUCGGCAGAGAUAAGCCCGUCCACACGGUCUUGGGCGGUGGAAAACCUGCUGAUGUUUUUCUUUGGAAGAACAAAAAGAACUCUGCAGGCGUUCUUGGGGGUGCCACUGCCUUAUGGAUUCUUUUUGAACUGCUUGAAUACCAAUUAAUCACUCUCGUGUGCCAUAUAUUAAUUAUUUUAUUGGCUAUACCUUUCUUGUGGUCUUAUGCCAAUACAUUUAUCAACAAGACCCCACCUCAAAUCCCAGAUGUUAGACUUCCUGAAGAUUGCCUGCUACAGGUUGUCACUUCACUGAGAAUCGAAAUCAACCGUAUAAUCUCCACUUUACGCGAUGUUGCUUCUGGGAGAGAUUUGAGGAAAUUUCUAAGUGCUUUUCUUGGCUUAUGGAUUCUAUCAAUAGCUGGCAGCUGGUGCAAUUUUCUGACCUUGUUAUACAUGUGCUUUAUAUUGCUACACACUGUGCCAGUCCUUUAUGAGAAGUAUGAAGACCAGGUUGACCCAUUUGCUGAGAAGGCUUUGAUAGAACUUAAGAAGCAGUAUGCUGAAUUUGAUGCCAAGGUUCUGAGCAAAAUCCCAUUGGGGCCACUUCAAGAGAAGAAAAAGGAUUAGAUUGUAUGACAUUUUUGUCUGGUUAGGCUUACCUUCAUAUCUCUCUUAGCAGUCUUGUUUUCUUUUUCUGGCAAGGCAGCUCGGUUACUUUCCCCUUGUUUCUAAAGUAUUUUCAAUAUAGAAUUUAGAAGCCUUUCUGCUGCUGCAUGAAUCUCUCAUCACUCAGUAAAUUUUGAAUAGGGAUAAAUUCUGCACCAAUGUAUCUUGCUUUUCCUUGUCAACGCCCCCCAAGAUUCUUUGCCUUCUUGAGUAAUUAAUUAUAAAAUUAUACUGUUCUUCGUCUUUCUGCUA